CUGAAAGAAACAAGUAAAGUGUUUUAGCUGAGAAUGCGAGCUUUUGUGUCUGAAAACCAUAAUUUGGGAAUUCCAGUGAUCAUGCAGCAUGUCUUCUAAUAGAGGAGGGAGUAUUUAUUUGGUACCUACACCUCCAAACUCUAACAAGGACUCUGCCUAUACUGGUCUCACUGGGCCUCGAGGAGAACAUUUCUACUCAUCUCUUUUUGGUGGAGAAGAGACCAUUUACCCAGGUUUAAGUGGACCUAAACAAUAUCCUACUCCAGCACCAAGGUAUGAUGGUUGCAUAUCAGAACCAAUCUAUGCAGAGAUAGAAGAUCCCCCAAAAUUUGCGGAGAAAGAAGAACCCUCGAGGUUUGCAAAAUUGGCCAAGAUCAUAGCAAUUGUGGUAAUAUGUGUAGUAAUUGCUAUUGGAGUGAUAGUGGUAGGGAUGUACUUUGCAGGAUUGUUUACAGACACUCCUGUGACAACCACAAUAACUCCCGUGACAACCA